CGGGCCGCUGCGCAGGUCCGGAACUACGGCCGCAAAGGACGGCGGUGCCGCCAUGGCGACGGCUUUCAAAACAGUGGAACCGCUGGAAUAUUACAGGAGAUUUUUGAAAGAGAACUGUCGACCUGAUGGGAGGGAGUUGGGUGAAUUCCGAGCAACCACUGUCAACAUAGGUUCAAUUACAACUGCAGAUGGUUCUGCCUUGGUGAAGUUGGGAAAUACUACAGUAAUUUGUGGAGUGAAAGCGGAGCUUGCUGCACCUGCAGUAGAUUCUGCUAAUAAGGGAUAUAUUGUUCCAAAUGUAGAAUUGCCAUCUCUCUGCUCAACGAGGUUUCGCUCCGGACCUCCUGGUGAAGAGGCUCAAGCAGCAAGCCAGUUCAUUGCAGAUGUGAUUGAAAAUUCACAGAUAAUAGCAAAAGAAGAUCUGUGUAUUGCAGAUGGCAAGCUUGCUUGGGUGUUAUACUGUGAUAUCAUAUGUCUGGACUACGAUGGGAACAUCUUGGAUGCCAGUACCUUUGCUUUGUUAGCAGCACUGAAAAAUGUGCAGCUGCCAUCUGUGACUAUAAAUGAAGAAACUGGUUUGUCCGAAGUUGAUUUCAAGCAGAAGAAUCCCUUGGUUAUCAGAAAGCAUCCAGUUGCCACGUCGUUUGCUAUAUUUGAUGACACAUUACUCAUUGUUGACCCAACUGCUGAAGAAGAAGACUUAGCAACUGGAACAGUGACUGUUGUCACAGAUGAAGAUGACAGACUUUGUUCUGUCCACAAACCAGGUGGAAGUCCUCUGACAGGAGCCAAACUUCAGGACUGUAUCAGCAGAGCCAUUACGAGACACAAAGAAGUAAAGAAGCUGAUAGACAAAGUAAUAAAAAGUAUAAAGCCCAAGUGAACAAAAAGAUCUUUUCAAAAGUGGAUUUAUAAAAAUUGUAUUUGUUACGGUGUUCACAAACCUUUUUAUACUAAAUAAACAAAUACUAAUACUACA